GCAUCCAAAGCAUCAGAUAUCCCAAAUCAAAACCUAUUCUUUCACAAAAUCCUCUUCUCUCACAAAAUCAUCUCCUCUCUUUCACUCUAAACUUCCAAAGUCCUUUCUCUUACAACAAUCAAGGCAGCAGUGACUCAAGUCUUCAUUUCCCCCAAAGAUUUCCUUAGUAUCAUAGCAGAAGUUGAUUUGGCUGUUUCGAGGCUGACGGCGAGUACUUCCCCAAACCAGGUGUACUUCCCCAAACCAGGUGUUCUUCCAAAUCCCUAAAUCCAACACCAGUUUUUCGACGCUGACGGCGACGGGUAAAGUUUAACUUUAUUACAAAAUUAUUGAAUUUGAUAACCAACGCAAUGUUAUAUGCAUCAGAACACCUUUUGCUCUAAUUCGCGAGGCAAAAAAGAAGGAAAUCUUUGGUACUUCGGAUAUUCUAUCAAGUAAGGACAUCUUUGUGGCUACAAGAAAAGGAAAACUUGACCGAGUAUACAAAAGCUCAUAUGUCAAUACGAUUAGUAAAAUUGCUGAAAUGGAGAGACUACAAUCAACUCAAGAAAGUGAAGAUGGCAGCCAUUCAGUUGACGCUUUUGCAUCAGUCAUGGGACCUGAACAUCCGGAUUGCGUGAGAUUGUAUGGACGAGGGGUUACCAAGACUGUCUUAAAAGGAAAAAUAGGGAAUCUUGGAUCUUCUUUAGAUGCUAAUAAUGAGAGAGUGCAGAAGAAAAUGGAGGAAAUGGAAGAGAGGAUGCAACAAAGAAUGCAGGAAAAGUUGAACGUACAAAAGGAUGCUAUGGAACAAGAUAUUAUAAUGAAUGUCGUCGCACGACUUCAGCGUCUGAACCUAGAAUUGCGACUUGAUCCUGACAUGCUAAGGUUCAGUGCUCGUUCACCUAUAGAAGCUUCCUCUGCACAACAAGAUGAUGUUCAACUAAACAAUCGACCAUCUGCUGGUAAUAACAAUCAAGGUGGAGUAGAUCAAGAAAUGGAAGAAGAUGAUGGCAGUGAAGAAUUAGACCUUACUUGAGAUGAAUUUUGAAUUGCUAUAGAUGAAUGUUCUAUGGAAAUCUUUUGUUAUCAACAUUUUUGAAACUCUCUCUCUUGAAAUGUAUUAAACUUAUGCAUUUGGGUUAGAACAUUUAUUUUAUGGAUAUUAUUUGCUUGA